AUGGAAAUCGUAAUUGAAAUUAAAGAUGGUCUCAAAUAUGAUGAAAAAUAUCCUUAUCAUGUUCACGAAUUUGCCAUUUCAGGCAACCAUAACUGCUCUACUGCUGGUGGCCAUCUUGAUCCUGAUGGUUUUGGCGUAGAGGGAUAUGUUUGCAAUUCCAAUCAAUUAAAUAAAUGUGAAGUUGGUGACUUGAGCGGUAAAUAUGGUCCAUUGGAGCCGAAUAAAGAUGGAUCUGUUUCUGAACAUAUCUUUGACCACUCCCUCAAAUGGAAUGGCCCGGCUGGUAUUACAG